UGACAGUGGACACUGGCAACGAAUAGCUCACCAAGCCUCUAAUAGUAACUACGACUCUCACAGCUAGAUGAAUCCUAGCGGGGGAAAACGCUCGAAACACAGAAAAUCGCAUGAUAAAUCGGAACGGUCAAACAAAAAGCGACACAAGCACGACGAAUCGAGUCGGCACAGUAAAAAGUCCAAGAGCAAGCAUGAGGAAUCGGGUAGCCAUAUCCAAGAUGAUGACCCCGACGACGAGGAUAUGUGGGUGGAGAAGAAUAUCGACAUGGAUGGUGAACGGGUACUUGCAACAGACAUCCCUACAGCAGAAAGUCUCAAGUUAUCCUCGACAGCCACAAGUGACACCGCGAUAUCCCUUCCUCCUUCUUUAGCAACAGAAACGCCUUUGAAACGUGAUGACUGGAUGCUUCCACCGUCCGCUUCAUCAAAUGUUGACGAUGGAGGACAAGGCUUCUUGCCUCGCCCCCAGAUCUCAGCCGAAGGCGAAUCAUUGACAGAAGGCUACGGAGAUUCCCCUGGAGGGGGUCGAACUCUUGGUGGAGAUGUGGAUUUCUUCUCUUCAUUGGGAAUAGAAGUGAAAAAGAAGCCUCGCACAGAGCGUCCUGAUCCUAAUAAGCCAGUUGUCAGCUACAGAGAGCUCAACCCGGACAUCAGAAACGGUGUCGCUCAGGACGACAAACCACCACCCCCACCCCCCAAGAACACUCCGGGUGGGCCUGGUUCUAACUGGCGGAUGAUGCGUCUGAGAAAGGUGUAUGAUGCCGCGGAGGAGGAAGGCAGACCUGUCGAAGCUGUUGCGAUUGAAAGAUUCGGCUCACUAGAGGCGUUUGAGGAGGCUAAAGAGGAAAGGCGCAUUCUUGACGGAAGAGAAGGGAUCAGGGAAGAUCGCGGUCGACGUCAGAAGGAUGGGAUGUCUAAUUCUGGGGAAGGAGAACGGGGUUUCAUGUUUAGUGAUAUGCACCGCAGCGGGGCCUCAAGUAGGAGUUCGUCCUUUCGCCGUCCUGGUACUAUUGGGGACACCACUCCUUCUACACCAUCCCCACCAUCGGGUCAGAACCCACCAGCAAACAAACGGAUAGACAGUCUCAGGCUACCAUCACAAGUCACUUCUCCCCUCGCUCAGUCGCACACACCUAUUCCAUCCGUAAUGACUCCGCCUAUCACUAAGAUGAAGCCCAGGGCCAUGUCACCAUCAUCCUUGAACAAACUCCAGGCCAAGGUCCUUCGUGCAAAGUUAAUGGGUACCCCAGAUGCCGAAAGCCUAGAACGGGAAUACGAAGCCGCUUGUCGUGCGGCAAAUAACGAUGAAAGUUCAGAUAAUAACGUGCGAACAACCGUUGAAGUUCUACCUACCCUUGACGGGAGAGGCCGUUUGUACGACGUAGGUCACGGUGAAGGCGACGAGACAUGCCUGCCUGGAAAUCAGAAGAAAAAAGACAAGGUUGAAACUCGAGAUCCCAAAACUGGAGACAUCAUUAGAUACAACGCUGACGAUGACACCACAACUCUUGGUGAGUUGUUGCGCCAGGAGAAGUUCGGCGCGGGUAUAGCGGACCAGAAAGAUCUCGACGCUCAGUUUGCGAAAGCUAUUAUGGGAGAUGGCAAAUUUGAAAACGAUCUAGAAUACAUGGAUGACAAUGCAGAAAGACUGGGACGUCAAAAAAUGCGGUCUGACGCGAUGAAGCGUCAAUUUGCCAUUCACGAUUACAAGAAAACGCAGAAAGUUCUAGCGUCUUGCCAUUUCUGUUUCGGUGAGGACGAUUCCCCACCCAAGGCACCGGUUAUUUCGAUGGGUACACGGGUAUACCUCUCCUGCACUGCUACCGAGGAACUGGUUGAAGGACAUUGUUUAAUUGUCCCCAUCCAACAUCACUUAAACAUGUUAGAAGGCGACGAUGAUGUAUGGGACGAAGUUAGGAACUUCAUGAAAUGUUUGAUGCGAAUGUUCGCAGAGGAAGACAAAAAUGUUGUCUUCUACGAAACCGUAAUUUCACUCAAGUGGCAGAAACAUACGUGCAUCGAGUGUGUCCCUUUACCGUGGGAUCAGUUCGAGAUUCUACCAGGCUAUUUUAAGGAAUCAAUACUCACUUCUGAAGCGGAGUGGUCCCAACAUAAGAAACUAAUCGACUUCUCGGCUCGCCCAGGAGGCUUCAGGCGAGCCAUGGUCCCGAACCUACCCUACUUCAUGGUGCAGUUCGAUUACAAGGGAGAGAAAGGAUAUGGUCAUGUUAUAGAGGGAACAGAUGCAGCUAAUGGUGAAGAAGACAUGGACGAGGGAGAGAAGGGCGGAGGAGAGUUCCCAAGGUAUUUCGCUGCCGAAAUAAUAGGGAAUCUACUCGACAUUGAACCGAGAAGAUGGAGAAGGCCGAAACGUAUUGACUUCAGAACGAAUAAGGAACGUGUUUCCCAGUUCAAACAGAGUUACGACAAGUUCGAUUGGACGGGAAUGAUAGGGAGACAGUAAUCUAUUUACUCAUAUGCAACUCAUUCUACAUACAUCGAGUUGAACUCAGUAUGAUGAGCCAGUAACAGAAGCCUAGAUCGAGAGCA